AUGUUAUUACCUUUAGUGGAUGGCUUCAAUGGUGAAAUGCUUUUAGACGUAGAAAAACGCGCCACAGAUUCUUUGCGUCCACUUAACAUAAGCAUAUUCCCGCCAGAGAGGAAUGUAUCAGGGAGAUUUUUCAACUUCCACGACUACAAACCAACCUUUAAACUAGACGCUAGCGAGAAAGGAAGGGUUACUCUGACUGGAGGUCCUCUCAUGGCUCCUUAUAUUAUGGACCAAUUUCACUUUCACGUUUACUGCACAAGAGAAGAGGCUGAAGAAAAUACGUUGGAUCGCGUUCAAGUUCCCGGCGAGGUAAGCGAGAAAAUGUCGGUAUGAGUUUCUUUGGCUAAAAAGAGGAAAACAUCAGGGAAGAAGGGGCUCAAGGGGGAACCUUGGGUCGUUGUUGCUUAAGUCCUGUGCAACGAUUAAACGUUGAAUGGGUAUCCUGUGCAUAAUGAAAUCAUACCGCCAUCUUGGUUGUUAUUAAAAAUUGACAUUUAUGCAUUGUGUAGAAGCUUAGGUCUGAAAUAUGUUGUCUUUAAACUUGUUGCUUUUGAAAAACAGACUGAAGCAAGGCUGAUUUGACUGUUGGGAAUACAUUUUUUUUGCCAAGGACAUCCUGAAGAAGUAAGGCCGUGCCUUUCGAAAUAUUGGCAAAAAAUAAUAUAUCCCCGCUGUCAAAUCAGCCUUGCCUCAUUCUGUUGUUCAUGUAUUUGUUAGUUAGAUCCUCCAGUAGGAUCCAGUUCUUCUAUUUUCUAACGUUGGUCCUUGCUUCCAAAGCUAGAUUUGCUGCUUUUGGUAGUAUUUUUUGUGUUUAUUACACACGAAGUGCAGAGAACACUCUCGUUUUUGAUUUUGUCGGAGGAAUAUAUGAGGAUCUGGCUACAAGGUGUGUUGAAAAAUUCAGGAAAUUUCCAUGGGGAGUAGAAGAGUCUUUACUGUUAGUGUAGGAAAGAAGCAUGACUAUUCGGAUCAAUUCAGGUUAAAUGAAAUGUGUCUUCUAAGAAAGUUGUGUCCAAACUUUGGUCAUGUUUCAGUUACACCUUGUGUUCUUUCGAGAGAACUAUCAGACUUACAACAAAGCAGUGCAAAGAUUUCGUGAUGGACUAGCCGUGGUUUCAAUAUAUUUUGUGGUAAGCAUUACAUGGAUGUUUACAGUAGGAGUAAAAAUUUUAAACUCAUGGAAAUGCUGGAAAUACGCGCUAAUCUCACGCUUACAGACCCGUCAUUUAAUUUGCAAGGAAACUGGGCCGAGUUACUUGUCGCAAAGACUUCUGGGACUGCUACCGGAGAUAAGUAUUCCAGAAUCAAUUGCGGGGCACAUUUCGUCUCCAGUUCCCUUUCGUUUCUAUGGGGCGAACCUCUAAGCAGGGUCACUAACAGAUUAUGCUUGUAUUAUGCUCAUCUAGAGGCCUGAGUCAUGCUCCUUAUUUUAGCGCACUAACAUGACACUUUUCCCUCCCGUAGUGCCAAAUUAACGCUGAUGAAAAUAGCCAAUAUUGAUAUCGAAGCUAUAUAACGAUGCUGUAUCUUGAAAAGGCUUUAGGUUUAUGAAAGACUAGGAAUUUCACUAGUUAAAGUAGUUAAGGAUCGAAGGAGUAUCUGUUCGCAGGGUCGAAUGUCACGUACUAAAACCAAAUAUACAAAACAACGUAGCACUCGGGAACAACUCGGGAAAUCGGGAAAGCGGUAUAAUUGAAAGAAAAACAGAAGACCUAUCCGUAAUCUGUUUCUGUUAUUUAUAGUGCAGGCGGUUUAAAAAAAUUGUUGUCACAAGGUUGCUAUCAAGUUCUGAUGUUAAAUGUUUAGUUGAGAAGAACUUAAAACAUCAACGCCCACUUCACUUCCUUUAAGUCGUACUUAGCGGUCGAAGAAGACGAUUUGUUCUAGCGCCAAACGUUUUCAUUCCUACAGAAUGCGCAGUGAACGUUUAAGACAGAAACCGUUCUUUCUGAUUAUAAGCUCAGUUUUUUUUACUUCCAGGUACAAGGCGAAGAGAACACUAACACUGAGAUAGCAACGUUUGAGAACCUCAUUGACUAUAUUUCACAGGACGAAAGUUAGUGGCAAUGUAUUUAGUAAAUNAGUUCUCGUUUCUAUUGGGCGAACCUUUAAGCAGGGUCACUAACAGAUUAUGCUUGUAAUGUGCUCAUCUGGGAACCUGAGUCAUGCUCCUAAUUUUAGCGCACUAAAAUGACACUUUUCCCUCCCGUAGUGCUAAAUUAACGCUGAUGAAAAUAGCCAAUAUUGAUAUCGAAGCUAUAUAACGAUGCUGUAUCUUGAAAAGGCUUUAGGUUUAUGAAAGACUAGGAAUUUCACUAGUUAAAGUAGUUAAAGAUCGAAGGAGUAUCCGUUCGCAGGGUGGAAUGUCACGUAAUGAAACCAAAUAUACAAAACAACGUAGCACUCGGGAACAACUCGGGAAAUCGGGAAAGUGGUAUAAUUGAAAGAAAAACAGAAGACCUAUCCGUAAUCUGUUUCUGUCAUUUAUAGUGCGUGCGGUUUGAAAAAUUGUUAUCACAAGGUUCCUAUUAAGUUCUGAUGUUAAAUGUUUAGUUGAGAAGAACUUAAAACAUCAACGCCCACUUCACUUCCUUUAAGUGAAGAAGACGAUUUGUUCUAUCGCCAAACGUUUUCAUUCUUACAGAACGUGAAGUGAACUUUAAAGACAGAAACCAUUCUUUCCGAUUAUAAGCUCAGUUUUUUUUACUUCCAGGUACAAGGCGAAGAGAACACUAACACUGAGAUAGCAACGUUUGAGAACCUCAUUGACUAUAUUUCACAGGACGAAAGUUAGUGGCAAUGUAUUUAGUAAAUUGGAAUCGCCUGUCCCCUUACACAUUUAACAACAAGUUGGCCCUUCGGUAGUUGGAAAAAUAAACAAAAUACAUGUCUUUGUUACCCGGUUCUUUGAGCUAUGAUUCAACAGCACGCUUUUGUCACCGAGAGUAGAAAAGGUCUGAAGCCGAGGCUUCUUCUUCUUCAAGAUGGGCCGAGUUGUGCGAUAAUUCUGGGCUAGCUGCAAACAUAGACUAUCAGUUGUCAUGGUAACAAACAAAUCGUCUUUCCAACAAGGAAUGUCGCGUUGACUCUGCAUAAUCAGAUCAUCAUAAGAUAACGUUUCACUUUGUCAUUACUUUCGUAGAUCGUACAGUGUCCACCACUGCUGCCAUCGAGCAGCUGUCGACUCCACUGAGUAAAAGGAAUGCGCCAUAUCAGGCAUACAGAGGCAAUUUGGUUGAGCCAAUUAAAUGCAAGAAUUGCGUCGACGUCUUUGUCAUGGAAGAAAGAUUUACCGUUUCUGUUAAGCAGGUAAUAAAUUGA